AUGACUGCCUCUCCACUGAGGAGAACCAACCAGCUCCUCCGCUGCCCUACUGACCACCCCACCCGACUCAUUAUGGAGUUUUGUCCACCAACAGCCGACCGGAAAUGUCCUCAGGCCCAACCACGUACCCCCUGGUCUGACAUUGCCAACCAAGACCUUCAGCAGAUCUACGUGUCCCUGAAGGAGGUCCCCGCUUGCAGCCAUGACGGUGCGAGCUGGAGGCAUCUGGUCACCCUAGCUUUUCCUCUUCACGUCAAGCUGGCGGCUGUCGCAGUGAAAAAGGGCAAUGAGGAGGAGGAGGAGCAGCAGCAGCAGCCUGUCGUUCCUGAAGCGCCUGCACCAGCUACAGAAGCAACAGCAUCGCAGGAGGAGGAGGAAGAGGAGGAGUAUGUGGUAGAAAAGGUGUUGGACCGUAGAGUGGUGAAGGGCAAAGCGGAGUUUUUGCUGAAAUGGAAGGGCUUCUCAAAUGAGGACAACACGUGGGAGCCAGAGGAGAAUUUGGACUGCCCCGACCUUAUUGCAGAGUUCAUGCAAAAGUACAGAGAGAAGGAGGAGAAAAAGAAGGAGGGCAAGAGGAAAGCAGCUGAGGCUGCAGGAACACCUGAGGAGAAAGCGAGCAAGAGGAAGAAGGAGGAUGGUGAGAAGGUCAGAGGCUUUAGAAGAGGCCUGCAACCAGAAAGAAUUAUUGGUGCAACAGACUCCAGUGGUGAACUCAUGUUCCUGAUGAAAUGGAAGAACUCCGACGAGGCCGACCUCGUCCCUGCCAAAGAAGCCAACGUCAUUUGUCCCCAGGUGGUCAUCUCUUUCUACGAGGAGCGACUCACCUGGCACUCCUAUCCCACAGAAGAAGAGGAGAAGAAGGAGGAGGAGAAGAAAGACUAGAGACGUGGUCCAGGCAGUAGAUGUUAGAGGUUAGUCCCCUCUAGCAGCCACUGUAGCAGCAGGAGGCAUGAGGUGUUUCACUGCUACCGUCGCUGCUAGACGUCCAGCGUUUGGUUUCCUGUUCUGUGAGGAUGCGUUUAUCAAAAGAUACUCCUAUUUUUUAAUAUGACCAAAAAUGAUUUUUGUUAAAGGUGUGCUCACUAAGCAAACUUCAAUUGAUUUACAUUUCCAACGUGGUUGAGCGUGGGGUGCUGUGGAGUACACGCAGACGUUUGUGCUAAGCUCAGCUCAUGACAUGAGUCGUGUGUGUGAAAAUGUAUUUUUGCAAUUUUUUCACAUUGGCUGCAGGAGUCCAAGUUGAAGCUGAGCGUGUGUUCCUCUGCCCUGCGUUGUUUCUCACCAUCUAGUGGUAGAUUGGCAUCAUCAGGCGCUUUGGCCGUGAUGUCCUCAGUAACAAUGUCUCAAAUGUGUAUUCAUCUGUGUGUGUGUGGGGGGGGGGUGUCAUUCCAGACAGUUUUUAUGACUUAACCUUAACGUAAAGCUCAUGUUGUUUGUCACAUCAUGCAUUGAAGCAUCACUCUACUGUGUACUGUGCUGUAAACACAAUCAUAUUUACCUGCUGGGUUCUCAACAUGCAGUCGGGGAAAUAAGUAUUUCAUACCCCCCCACCCCAAAAGCCCUAAACAGUCCAGAAUUGUCAUAUGUUUGUUUUAAAAAAAACUCCUAAUACAAAACUGUUCUGUUUUGCAUGUUUGAGUGAUUCUAUCAGCCUGUAGUCCAUUCCAGUCUGGUGCUGGUCUGCUGUGGUGUUUCGGGUCUUGCCCUUGGUGGGGGGGAGGUUUGAACGGAAGAGUGUCUUUUAUGAGAUUUAUGCGAUCAGAAGUUCUUCUUAAAGCGACAGGGCUCAUUUUGUGUGUUUGAUGGACACACAACCAAACUGGGGGUGGGGUGGGGGUGGGGGAUACUUAUUUCCCAUCCUGUAGAAGAUUUUUAGCUUGUUUAAUUUCCAGUAGUUGUUUAGGGGGGGAAAGGCUGCAGAGGCCCCGUGUUAAUGGUUUCAUCUAAUAAAAACGUUUUUUGAAGAUGAAUGUAAGUCCUCUCGGUGUCCCAACGUCUUUGACAGCAGUCGGGUGUGCUGAUGCUGAAUAUUCCCAGCUACAGCAAAGUAAACAAACAUACUUGCACGUUGGUAAAGAUUACACUUGAUUUAUUCUGCUGCUGGUUCACGUGAUGAAAGCGUAAACAGCAUUUCACUUGUAUAGAAGUCACGCUUUGGCACCUAACGACGACCCAUGGGGGGCUCAGUACCUUGCCCAAGGGUACCUCCUUCGGAUUCACUUUCUUUUCCAACAUUUGGUGCAGUUUUGCGUAAGUAGAACAGGUUGAACAUUUGUAAUUUCAUCUGUGUGUGAUUGAUAUUGUCUUUUAUACUCAGCCUUUCAACUCUUUUGUUUUUAUGAUACUGGGCUCAAAUAAUACUUAGAGGCCUUUUGAAGCCACUGUAGAAAAUACAAAUAAGUGUCAAAAUGGGGGGGGGGGGGGGGACUAGAGCGCAUGCUAAAGUAGCCAAGCUGUGGAAUGUACGUACGAUUCACUCGCUGCAGGGCUGUCCAAACUCUUUCCAGCGUCCAUAAAAGUGGAGGAUUUAUUUCAUCCAAUGUAGCUGAACACCACCUUAGCUUUGUCUUCUAGCUGACAGAGCUAAUCAUCAUUAAUAAUCAAUAUAUUCGCAUUUUACAGUAGGCCAAGGGCCAGUUUUUUUUUGUUUGUUUUUUUAAAGGCCCCAGGGACCCACUUUGGACACCCACGACUUAUUGACUCGGUAUGUCUUUUUGGCAAGAUUGUGAAUAAAAAGGUCAUUGAAUUGGCGAUCCACUUAAUGCUGAAC